AAGCUUUAAUAGGCUGACUGGUCAAAUUCCAGAGUCACUUGGGAAUUUAGAUCUUGAUUACUUGUUGUUGACUAACAACUCCUUGACUGGCACACUACAAAAUUGGGUAUUCAAGAGCGGAAAUCAGUUUGAUUUGUCGUACAACGAUUUUACAGGGUCAAUGCCAUCAGGAUGCUCUCAAUCAAACUUGAAUUUAGUUUCCAGUCAUUCGUCUUCUAACAGCGAUUUAAUUGCUUGGUGCUGGAAGAAGGACCUGCCUUGCUCUGGAAAACCCAAGUACCAUUCCCUGUUUAUUAAUUGUGGAGGAAGCAGGACUAGCUACGAGGGAAAUGAUUAUGAAGAGGAUGCAGCUAAAGUAGGCCCAACAAACUUCUUUUCUUCUUCGGAAAAAUGGGCUUAUAGCAGUACAGGGUUUUAUGUAGGCAACAAAUCUGCUCCUUACAUAAUAGAAACAUCUUCACUUGAGGGGACCACUGGAGACAUUUACAGAACAGCUCGACUUGCCCCUGUCUCACUCAAGUACUAUGGUCUUUGCUUUCGAAGCGGGAGUUAUAGGGUGCAACUCCACUUUGCUGAAAUAAUGUUUUCUAAUGACCAGACAUUCAGCAGCCUUGGGAAGCGUAUAUUUGAUGUAUCAAUUCAAGGAAAGCAAGUUCUGAAGGACUUUAAUAUCAUGGAAAACGCAACAGGUGCUGGUAAGGGCAUCGUUAAGGAUUUUAACCCUGUUAUUGUCAAUGGUAGCACUCUGGAGAUCCACUUAUACAGGUCAGGAAAGGGGACAAAGGCCAUACCUUACAGAGGUGUAUAUGGACCUCUUAUAUCUGCCAUCACAGUGACACCAAAUUUUGAUGUCAGUACAGGCUUAUCCGUUGGGGCUAUUGUCGGCAUUAUAGUUGCUUCAUGUGUGGUGGCGGUGGUAUUAAUUUUGGCAAUCUGGAUAUGUUAUUUAAGAGGAAAAGACCUUGAAGAUAAAGAACUACGACGAGGGCUAGAGCUGCAAACAGGUUAUUUCACUUUAAGACAGAUCAAGGCUGCUACUGGUAACUUUGACCCCUCAAGCAAAAUAGGUGAAGGUGGAUUUGGGCCUGUAUAUAUGGGUGUCUUGUCAGAUGACAGGGUCAUUGCGGUUAAGCAACUCUCCUCCAAAUCGAAGCAAGGUAACCGUGAAUUUGUCAAUGAGAUAGGCAUGAUUUCUGCCUUGCAACACCCAAAUCUUGUGAGGCUUUAUGGCUGUUGUAUAGAAGGAAAUCAAUUGUUGCUCAUAUAUGAAUACAUGGAAAACAACAGUCUUGCCCGUGCGCUUUUUGGUCGUGAGGCAGAGCGGCUUAACUUGGACUGGACUAUAAGAAAGAAAAUUUGCUUGGGGAUAGCAAAGGGAUUAGCAUAUCUUCAUGAGGAAUCAAGGUUAAAAAUUGUUCAUAGAGACAUAAAGGCAACCAAUGUUCUGCUUGAUAAGGAUCUAAAUGCUAAGAUAUCUGACUUUGGUUUAGCUAAGCUUGAUGAAGAGGAGAACACACAUAUCAGCACCCGAAUUGCUGGAACAAUAGGUUACAUUGCUCCUGAAUAUGCAAUGAGGGGUUACUUGACAGAUAAAGCCGACCUUUACAGUUUUGGAGUUGUUGCACUAGAAAUUGUCAGUGGUAAAAGUAAUACAAAUUACAGACCAAAGGAGGACUUCGUAUAUCUUCUUGGUUGGGCCUAUGUCCUACAAGAACAGGGUAACCUUCUGGAGCUUGUUGACCCAAGUCUCGGCUCAAACUAUGCCAGAGAAGAGGCAAUGAGGAUGCUGAACUUGGCUCUUUUAUGCACCAACCCAUCUCCUACUCUCAGACCAGCCAUGUCUUCUGUAGUGAGAAUGCUGGAGGGACAAAUUCCAGUGCAAACACCGAUAAUCAGUGGCAUGAACCAGGACAUGAGGUUCAAAGCCUUUGGAAAGCCAGGACAGGACAAUCUAACAGAUUUCUCAACAUUCUCCCAAGACAGACAAAUGCAGAGAGGCAUGUCGAUGGAUGGCCCAUGGGUUGAUUCCUCCAUCUCUGCACCAAGUAAUGAGGAUAAUUAUUCUGCAUCGAGUUCGCUUCUUCCAGAUCUUUACGACAUUAAGUUAAAUUGAUGAAAAUCAAAGGGUAUAUACUUUGCAUGAAAUUAUUUUCUAAGGGUAGGUUCUUACAGCUAAACUUUCACUGAUAUUAAUAGAUGAGGUACAGGGAAGUUGCUAUCUACUUUUCCUGUUAAAUGUUGUCGAUGUAUGAUGCCAACGCAGUUUUGAACCUGAAAUUUCCAGAUAAGAGUCAAAAUUCCUACUGGACUGUCAUCCAAAA